UUCUGAUGGUUCAGAUGAGUCGCGGUGUCCAACUUGUCCUCUGCACUGUGACGAUGGAACCGUGUGCCUGACCAACCAGCAGUUCUGUGAUGGACGAAUGGACUGUAAAGAUGGCUUGGAUGAGAGAAACUGCUAUGGGGCUGGCAAAAAAGCCGCAAAAGCGUUGUCCCUGGUAUGUGCUGUGGGAUUCAAGCCAUGCAGGGAUGGAAGCGAGUGUAUCGUCUACAGUCACGUUUGUGAUGGAGAGAAGGACUGCAGGGAUGGGUCAGAUGAAGAGGACUGUGAGCAGCAAUGUGAAAAAGGCCAGUUUCAUUGUGCUCAUGGAAGAAUGUGCAUAGACAAGAAGCUGGUGUGUGACGGGACUCCUCAGUGUCAGGAUCGCUCCGAUGAAAUGGGCUGCUUUACCCGCACCAAGGGCUGCAGCCAUCACUGUGACAAUAAGACUCGGUGUAUCCCAGACAGCUUCCUGUGUGAUGGGGAGACAGACUGUCAGGAUGGCACUGAUGAAGCGGAUUGCGACAAGGGUGAAAAGGAUUUCAGGGCUACUGUAUGUGUUGAGGGCUUCAAGCCAUGCAAGGAUGGAAAGGAGUGUAUCCAUGACAGUCAUGUGUGUGAUGGAGAAAAGGACUGCAAGGACGGAUCAGACGAAGAGGACUGUCGGCACAAAUCAGUCACUGUAAGGGCUACAGUUAAAAGCUCUCCUCCUGAACCAGUCUGUAAAAGCCCCUCGGUCAGGUGUCCAGGCACAUCCCUGUGUAUCAGUCAGUCUCAGCUGUGUAACAGUGUGUUGGAUUGUCCUGAUGGGUUUGAUGAGCUCCGCUGUUUACAUGCCUGCUCAGAUCCAGCCCACUUCCUGUGUAAGAACAAGAGGAAGUGUAUUGAGCGAGCCCUGGUGUGUGAUGGUCGCCCCAACUGUUCUGAUGGCUCAGAUGAGUCACAUUGUCCGACUUGUCCUCUGCACUGUGACGAUGGAACUGUGUGUCUGACCAACCAGCAGUUCUGUGAUGGAAGAAUGGACUGUAAAGAUGGCUUGGAUGAGAGAAACUGCUAUAAAUCUGUGGAAGCUCCAUCCCUGGAAUGUGUUGAGGGCUUCAAGCCAUGCAGGGAUGGAAAGGAGUGUAUCCAUGACAGUCAUGUGUGUGAUGGAGAAAAGGAUUGUAAGGAUGGGUCAGAUGAGGAGGACUGUCAGAACAAAUUGGUUAAAACUACUCCAGAACCAGUCUGUAAAAGCCCCUCGGUCAGGUGUCCAGGCACAUCCCUGUGUAUCGCUCAGUCUCAGCUGUGUGACAGUGUGUUGGAUUGUUCUGAUGGGUUUGAUGAGCUCCGUUGUUUACAUGCCUGCUCGGAUCCAGCCCACUUCCUGUGUAAGAACAAGAGGAAGUGUAUUGAACGAGCCCUGGUGUGUGAUGGUCACCCCGACUGUUCUGAUGGUUCGGAUGAGUCGCGGUGUCCAACUUGUCCUCUGCACUGUGACGAUGGAACCGUGUGCCUGACCAACCAGCAGUUCUGUGAUGGAAGAAUGGACUGUAAAGAUGGCUUGGAUGAGAGAAACUGCUAUGGGGCUGGCAAAAAAGCUGCAAAAGCAUUGUCCCUGGUAUGUGCUGUGGGAUUCAAGCCAUGCAGGGAUGGAAGCGAGUGUAUCGUCUACAGUCACGUUUGUGAUGGAGAGAAGGACUGCAGGGACGGGUCAGAUGAAGAGGGCUGUGAGCAGCAAUGUAAAAAAGGCCAGUUUCAUUGUGCUCAUGGAAGAAUGUGCAUAGACAAGAAGCUGGUGUGUGACGGGACUCCUCAGUGUCAGGAUCGCUCCGAUGAAAUGGGCUGCUUUACCCGCACCAAGGGCUGCAGCCAUCACUGUGACAAUAAGACUCGGUGCAUCCCAGACAGCUUCCUGUGUGAUGGGGAGACAGACUGUCAGGAUGGCACUGAUGAAGCGGAUUGCGACAAGGGUGAAAAGGAUUUCAGGGCUACUGUAUGUGUUGAGGGCUUCAAGCCAUGCAGGGAUGGAAAGGAGUGUAUCCAUGACAGUCAUGUGUGUGAUGGAGAAAAGGACUGCAAAGACGGAUCAGACGAGGAGGACUGUCAGCACAAAUCAGUCACUGUAAGGCCUACAGUUAAAACCUCUCCUCCUGAACCAGUCUGUAAAAGCCCCUCUGUCAGAUGUCCAGGCACAUCACUGUGCAUCAGUCAGUCUCAGCUGUGUAACGGUGUGUUGGAUUGUCCUGAUGGGUUUGAUGAGCUCCGUUGUUUACAUGCCUGCUCAGAUCCAGCCCACUUCCUGUGUAAGAACAAGAGGAAGUGUGUUGAACGAGCCCUGGUGUGUGAUGGUCGCCCUGACUGUUCUGAUGGCUCAGAUGAGAGAAGCUGCUAUAAAUCUGUGGAAGCUCCAUCCCUGGAAUGUGUUGAGGGCUUCAAGCCAUGCAGGGAUGGAAAGGAGUGUAUCCAUGACAGUCAUGUGUGUGAUGGAGAAAAGGACUGCAAGGACGGAUCAGAUGAGGAGGACUGUCAGCACAAACUGGUUAAAACUACUCCAGAACCAGUCUGUAAAAGCCCCUCUGUAAGGUGUGAAGGAACAUCACUGUGCAUCGAUCAGUCUCAGCUGUGUGAUGGUGUGUUGGAUUGUCCUGAUGGGUUUGAUGAGCUCCGCUGUCUACAUGCCUGCUCGGAUCCAGCCCACUUCCUGUGCAAGAACAAGAGGAAGUGUAUUGAACGAGCCCUGGUGUGUGAUGGUCGCCCCGACUGUUCUGAUAGUUCGGAUGAGUCGCGGUGUCCGACUUGUCCGCUGCACUGUGACGACGGAACCGUAUGCCUGACCAACCAGCAGUUCUGUGAUGGACGAAUGGACUGUAAAGAUGGCUUGGAUGAGAGGAACUGCUAUGCAACUGGGAAAAAAUCUGCACAAGCUCCAUCCCUGGAAUGUCCUGUGGGCUUCAAAAAAUGCAGGGAUGGAAGUGAGUGUGUUAUCUACAGUCACAUUUGUGAUGGAGAAACGGACUGUAAGGAUGGGUCUGAUGAGGAGGACUGUGAGUGGAACUGUAAAAAAGGCCAGUUUCAUUGUGCUCAUGGAAGAAUGUGCAUAGACAAGAAGCUGGUGUGUGACGGGACUCCUCAGUGUCAGGAUCGCUCCGAUGAAAUGGGCUGCUUUACCCGCACCAAGGCCUGCAGCCAUCACUGUGACAAUAAGACUCGGUGCAUCCCAGACAGCUUCCUGUGUGAUGGGGAGAGAGACUGUCAGGAUGGCACUGAUGAAGCGGAUUGCCCUCCUGUUAAUGGAGGGCCGGUCAACAGCAAGGUCUCUUCUGAAGUAGGGUCAGCGUUUUCAGCUCCACAUCCAGAUUGUAGGCACCCCUCAGUGUUUUGUGAAGACACUGCACUGUGCAUGCCCCCAAGUCAACUCUGUGAUGGAAAGCUGGACUGUCCCGAUGGUUCUGAUGAGCUCUCGUGUCGAGAUGUUGGAAGCUGUCAGAAAACGGGUGACUUCCUCUGUGAGGACAGGAGGACGUGUAUUGAGCCAUCUUUGGUGUGUAAUGGACACCCUGACUGCACUGAUGGCUCUGAUGAGAGGGACUGUACUGCCGCGACAGCAAAAAAUGCAGCUGGCUUAAAGUGCCGUUUGGGCUCCAAGCUCUGUAAGGAUGGCAGUGACUGUGUGCUGAACACCCAUAUAUGUGAUGGUGAGGUCGACUGUCAAGAUGGCUCUGAUGAAGAGGGAUGUGACCUUCAGUGUGAUCCAGGUCAGUUUCAGUGUCGUCAUGGUAGAAAGUGCAUAGACAGGAAGCAGGUGUGUGACGGGGUUCCUCAGUGUCCUGAUAACUCUGACGAAUCAACAUGCUGGAAGCCUACAAGAAGUUGUGCCCUGCGCUGUGAUCAGAACAAACUCUGUAUUCCGGAAGUGUUUAUCUGCAAUGGGAUCCAGGACUGCUGGGAUGGAUCAGAUGAAACUGACUGCGGCAACACUGGACCACUGUCUGAUUGUAAAAGCCCAUUUAUACCAUGCCUGGCAAGUUCAAAGUGCAUCUCCCAGAGUCAGCUCUGUGAUGGCAGAAAGGACUGUGCUGAUGGGUCUGAUGAAAAACCAUGUCUUCAGCACUGUCCCCAUGGUGAUGACUUCCUGUGUAAAGAUCGGAGAAGGUGUGUUGACCAAAGACUGGUCUGUGAUGGCCGUGUGCACUGCACAGAUGCUUCUGACGAGGUGGAUUGUCCAACUGUCGCUGCUUAUACAGCUAAACCAGCUCCUGUGACAUGCCGUUUGGGUUUGACACCUUGUAAGGAUGGCAGUGACUGUAUCCUGCACAGUCAUGUGUGUGAUGGGGAGGCCGACUGCAGAGAUGGAUCUGACGAAGAGGGCUGUGACAUUCAGUGCAAAGCUGAGCAGUUUCAGUGUGCUCAUGGAAGGAAGUGCAUUGAUGCCACCCUGGUGUGUGAUGGCAAACCACACUGUCAGGAUCGUUCUGAUGAAACCGACUGCUUCAAACGCACCAAGAGCUGCAGCCAUCGCUGUGACAAUAAGACCCGCUGCAUCCCAGAAAACUUCCUGUGUGAUGGGGAGAAGGACUGUAUAGAUGGCACUGAUGAAUCAGACUGUGGCUACCCUACACAGCUGAAAAGCUGUCCACCCCCUUCGCUAUUGUGUCGAGGGGGAGAACUAUGCAUCCCUAAAGCUAAACUGUGUGAUGGAAAGCGUGACUGUCCAGAUGGCUUUGAUGAAGAAGCUUGCAUUAAAAGGUGUCCAAAAGCAGGUGACUUCUUGUGCAAGGACAAGAGGAAGUGUGUUGAGAGGGGUUUGGUCUGUAAUGGCCGUUCUGACUGCACUGAUGGCUCUGAUGAGAAGGGAUGUCUCACUCAGUCUAUGAAGCCAAACAGCAGAGGUCCACUAAAGUGUCGUUUGGGCUGGAAGCCUUGUAAGGACCAAACGGAGUGUGUGCUCUACAGUCAUGUAUGUGAUGGUGAGGUUGACUGUAAAGAUGGCUCUGAUGAAGAAGACUGUCAAUAUCGGUGUAGACCAGACCAGUUUCACUGUGCUCAUGGAAAAAUGUGCAUAGACAAGAAGCUGGUGUGUGACGGGACUCCUCAGUGUCAGGAUCGCUCUGAUGAAAUGGACUGCUUUACCCGCACCAAGAGCUGCACCCAUCGCUGUGACAAUAAGACUCGGUGCAUCCCUGAGAACUUCCUGUGUGAUGGGGAAAGGGACUGUGUAGAUGGCACUGAUGAAGCAGGCUGUAAUGAGGGUGUGAAGAAGGCUUCAGGAACAUCAUCCCUAAAUUGUCCUGUGGGCUUCAAACCAUGCAGGGAUGGAAAGGAUUGUAUCCAUGACAGUCAUGUGUGUGAUGGAGAAAAGGACUGCAAGGAUGGGUCCGAUGAGGAGGACUGUCAAGGCAAACCUGUCCUUGUUGGACCUACAGUUAAAACUGCUCUUGAACCAGUCUGUAAAAGCCCCUCUGUCAGCUGUGAAGGAACAUCACUGUGCAUCGAUCAGUCUCAGCUGUGUGACGGUGUGUUGGAUUGUCCUGAUGGGUUUGAUGAGCUCCGCUGUUUACAUGCCUGCUCAGAUCCAGCCCACUUCCUGUGUAAGAACAAGAGGAAGUGUAUUGAACAAGCCCUGGUGUGUGAUGGUCACCCCGACUGUUCUGAUGGCUCGGAUGAGUUACGUUGUCCAACUUGCCCUCUGCACUGUGACGAUGGGACAGUCUGCCUGACCAACCAGCAAAUCUGUGAUGGAAGAAUGGACUGUAAAGAUGGUUUUGAUGAGAAGAAAUGCUACAAGACUGACAAAAAUACUGGAGGAGUUUCAUCCAAGGUAUGUCCUGUGGGCUUCAAACCAUGCAGGGAUGGAAGUGAUUGCAUCAUCUACAGUCAUGUAUGCGAUGGAGAGAAGGAUUGCAAGGAUGGGUCAGAUGAGAAGGACUGUGAACAGCAGUGUAAAAAAAGCCAGUUCCAGUGUGCUCAUGGGAGGAUGUGUAUAGACAAGAAGCAGGUGUGUGACGGAACCCCACAGUGCCAGGAUCGCUCUGAUGAAAUGAAUUGUUUUAAACUGUCCGAGUCCUGCAGCCACCGCUGUGAUAACGGAAGCCGCUGCAUCCCUGAAACUUUCCUUUGUGAUGGCGAGCAAGACUGUUCAGAUGGUACAGAUGAGACCAACUGUGCAAAGGAGCCAUGUCUCCGUGGACAGUUUCAGUGUGCCAGUGGACAGUGUGUAUCCAUAAUUGUCCGUUGUGACGGCUAUGCAGAUUGUCACGAUCAUUCUGAUGAGAAGAACUGUCGUAAACCUCCGCACUGCCCCCUGGAGCAGCGCUGCCCCAACAGCCAUGUGUGCCUUCUGAAAGAGUGGUUCUGUGAUGGAGACCCAGACUGUGUUGAUGGGUCAGAUGAACAGAACUGCAAGGUCUCUCUUGUGAACUGUGGAAAGUUUCAGUGGUCCUGCAAGUCUAAAGAUCAGUGCAUUCCCACACCUUGGCGAUGUGAUGGAAUUGAGGACUGUAAAGACCAGAGUGACGAAGCGGAAUGUGAUCCGGUGAAAUGCCCUGCACACAUGUUCAAGUGUGGCAGCGAGGAGUGUCUGGACUUCAGGCUGGUCUGUGAUGGUGUUGCGAACUGUCAGGAUCAGUCUGAUGAGGGUCCAGGGUGUCUCAGGAAUGUCUGCUCCAACCAACAACAAUGCGAGCACUGUUUCAACACUCCUUAUGGAGCGAGCUGUGGGUGUCCAACAGGCUUCCGGAUCCAGGCAGACGGUUUAUCCUGUGCAGACAUUGAUGAAUGUGUGGAAAGUCAGCCUCCUGUGUGUAGCCACAGAUGUGUCAACACGCAUGGCUCCUACAUAUGCCACUGUCAUCCAGGUUUUAUACUAGAGCCAGAUGGCAGCAGCUGUAAGGCACCAAAGGAACCUGCUCUUCUGGCAUCCGUGCAGAACGAGGUCCUGUUUAUCCACCUGCGGAGCAGCAACAUGCAGAUGCUUCUUCCCUCAGGCCAGAAGCCUAUCUUUACUCUGGAUUAUGACUGGAGGGAACAGCGGGUGUUCUGGGUCUGUCUGCAGGAGGAAAGCAUCAAAUAUGCAGUGCAUGGAGAUAAGGGAUCCAUCAAGACACUUGUUAAAGGUGUGAAGUCUGACUCGAUUGCCAUAGACUGGGUUGCAGAAAACCUGUACUGGGUGGAUGGAGUUGCUGGCCAGAUUUUAGCUGUAAGCAUUGGUGACCAUGUAGUGAAGCAACAAAACUUCACUGCGAUUCUGGAUGAAGACCUGGAGCACCCUCGUUCUCUGGUGCUUCUGCCUCAGAAAGGGAUAAUGCUGUGGUCAAACAUUGGGAAGAAGUCUCGGAUCGAGCAAGCUGGCAUGGAUGGCUCGGGGAGGAAGGUGCUGAUCAGCCGUGAUUUAAAGUGGCCUGUAGCCUUGGCUGUAGAUGUACUGGGUGACAGAAUCUACUGGGCAGAUGAGCAGCUCAAGUGCAUUGGUUCAGCUACAAUGAAUGGUGCUGACAUCAGGCUGCUGCAGUUGAUGGAGACUUCAAGCCCUUUCUCUGUGGCGGUCUUUAAUGAUGUGGUGUACUGGUCAGACACCCAGAGACGGGUCAUCCAUGGGGCUCACAAAGUCACUGGCAAGAACCACAAAGUUAUUCUCAAGAGGCCUGGCCAACCAUUUGGGCUUAAAGCUGUGCAUCCCCUCCUGCAGUAUAAGGUGCCAAACCCUUGUGAGAAACUUGGAUGUUCUCACAUGUGUGUACUAGCCCCAGGGCUCAAGGCAGUAUGUCGUUGCCCAGUAGGACUGCUGUUGGCUGAGGAUGGAUUUACCUGUAGCUCACCUGAAGGCUCCUCUACAUUCCUACUGCUGCUUUCUCCAACUAGACUCACCAAGAUUUUCACAAGAAACCUGUAUGGUCAAGUCGGACUAAAGCAAUGGCCUGCACACCAAGCGCAGUCUCUUCCUGGCAUAAAUGAAGCCUCUGCGCUGGACUUGGUUCUUAGUGACAACAUGCUCUAUGUAGCAGAUGGCAGCCAGUCUCUUGUGGCACAGAUGAAAAUGAGUGACUCCACACUGACACCUGAAGGGCAGCUAUUGCGUUUACAAGGAGAUGCAGUGACUGCACUGGCUGUAGACUGGAUCACACACAACUUGUAUUGGAGCAGCAGCAAGAAGCCGGAGAUCUAUGUCACAUCAGCAGGUGGGAAGUUCACCAGCAUGGUUCUGCAGACUGGGCUCCAGGACACCACCUCUAUUGCACUACACCCACCCACAGGCAGGAUGUGCUUCACAGCCAUCGGGUCAUCCAAGGAUGCUUUGCCCCAGGUGGGCUGUGCCGCCAUGGAUGGCAGGCAUCAAAUUGUGCUUUGGAAGAACAUGCAGCUUCCCAGUUUUUUGACUUUUUCAAGCCAUGGCACAGCAGUUUACUGGGCAGAUGUUGCCACUGGAAUGAUUUGCUCUGUGAACGUUGAUGGGUCAAAUUAUAGGGAAUAUAAAACUGGAACCGGAUCUCCUUUAAUUGUGUCUUUCACCCGAAGUGAAAACAUUCUCUUCUGGAUCACCCAGUACAAUGGCACAACCAAUGUCUGGUACAGUGAUGGCAUCCAACCUAAACAGUUGUGGUUUGAAGUGCAAACAAACAUUGUAGCACUGAAGGCAUACAGCGCAAAUGGCCAGAAAGGAACCAACUUGUGUGCAGAGAAUAAUGGUGGUUGUAGUCACUUGUGUCUGGCAUACCCAGGAGGACGGUCAUGCCGUUGUACACAAGGCUACAUCGCUGUAGAGGACACCCAGUGUGUAUCUGGCCAACGGUGUCCAGCCGGCUUGAAGCCUUGCAGAGACCGGUACAAGUGCCUCUCCACCACCAGGUUUUGUGACCAAAUCCCAGAUUGCCAGGAUGGCUCAGAUGAAGAGGGCUGCAAUGUCCGCAAAGUGGGUGGCCAGUCCUGCAAUUCUGAGCUUUGUAAUGGCCAAGGGCGCUGUAUGAUGCAAGAAGGGAAACCAGUGUGCGAGUGUGUACAGGGUUACAGUGGGCAGUUCUGCCAAGACAAGGCAACCAGCAGUGUUCCUAUUGUCCUUACGGUCCUCUUUAUCAUUGGCCUAAUCAUUGUAGCUGCAGUGGUUCUAAAAUGGAGAAAAUGGAAAUCGGGAAGAAGCCAGCCAGAUAAGGAAACCCUCAUGAAGGACAUGGACAUGGAAGAACAGGAGGUGCUCCCUGAAAACUUUGCAAAUGUCCUCUAUGACCCAAUUGAGGAGGCAGAACAAGUGACAUGUGUUGAAUGAAGAAAUUUUGAAAAAUAAACUGUUAAACUAAA